AUGUCAUCAUGUUCAUCAUUGAGUAUGGAUGAUAGAGUUAAGAUUGGAUAUGGUAGUAUUGCUGGAGCAUCACUUUCAAUUAUUGGUAGUAUUGGUACAAUUAUUUUAAUUAAAAUACGGAAUAAAAAACAAGAAAAAAAAUUAUUAAUUCAAAGAAAACAACAAUUAUCAAUAAAUAAUCUAAAUAUCAAUAGUGGUAGCAGUAGUAAUAUAAUUACAAUUUCAAAUUCAACAACAUCAUUAUCAUCAAAUAAUUUAAAUAUUCAACCACCUUCUUUUCCUUCUUAUUCACCUCUUCCAACUUCAAUUUCAUUGUCAAAUAAUAAUAAUAAUAAUAAAAAUAAUAAUCAAAAAACUAAAGUUUCACAUUUUAUAAUUAAUUUAUCAAUAGCGAAUUUAUUAGCAUCAAUUUUCAUGAUAACAAUUAAAUUAAUGAUGAUUCACUUUAAUGAUAAAUUUAUAAAAGUUUUACCAUCAACUGCUAAUCAUAGUUUUAAUGCAUUAAUUUCAGUAUGUACAAUUGGUAAUGGUGUUAUUGGUUUCUCUUUUAUUUCAACUUUCUUUUGGACAUUAGCAAUCUCUAUGUACAUUUAUCAACAAUUUCUUUCAUCUUCAACAAUUAAUAGUAAUAAUAAUAAUAAUAAUAUAAAUAAUAUAAAUAAUAAUAAUAAUAAUAAUAUAAAUAAUAUAAAUAAUAGUAAAAAUAAUAAUAGUAUAAAUAAUUUUAAUAAUUCAAAUAAAUCAAAUAAAAUUAUAAAAAUGUUAUUUUAUUUUGUAUGUUGGGUGAUACCAUUUGUAUUGGGAUCAAUAUUGGUAUCGGGAAGUAGAUUAAUUGAAUUAAAUAGUGAUUUACCAUGGUGUUCAAUCGAUUCAAAUAUUCAAUUGAUUUCAUUUUAUUUUCCAUUAAUUAUUUGUUUAUUGGCAACUACGUUCUUUACAAUAUUAAUUAAAUAUAAAUUUUCAAAUGAUAAAUUAGCAUGUUCUUCAUCAUCAUUAAUAAAUUUACAAUCUAAAAUUAUUCAAAGAUUAAUACUAUUCUUAAUUGUUAUACUAGUUUGUUGGGUACCAAGUUUAAUAUCAUUCUUUAUAUCAUUCUUUUCAAAAAAUUGUAAACAAUUCCUUUGGUUAGAAAUUAUAUCAUCAACAAUUCAAUCAUGUCAAGGUAUUCUAAACUUUUUAUCAUACCUUUCAAUUUUUAAAAAAUUAAAAUUAUAUUUUAAAAAUUUAAAAAAGAAAUUUAAUAAUAAUAAUUCAAAUAAUUCAAAUAAUUCAAAUAAUAAUAAUUCAAAUAAUUUUAAUGGUGGUGGUAUAUUUUAUUCAAAAGGUAAAAAAGUAAAUAAUCAAAAUUCAAAUAAUUUUUAUUUUACUUUUUCAACUUUUGAUUUUGAUAAUAAUCAAAUUCAAGAGAAAUAA